GCACAGUCAGAUGAAAAAACAGUUAUUGCAAAACUACAUCAACAGCUCAUAUCCCUUCAAAGUAGUGAAUCUGAUGCUGUAGGCAAAUUGGGGACACUUAAAUUGAAACUACAGAAGACUGAGAUCCAUAAUCUACGUUUAGAGCAGAAGCUUGAUGAGAGAGAGCAAGCCUUAUAUUUUGCUCGACUGGAAGGAAGAAAUAGAGCCAAACAUCUACAACAGACAAUUCAAUCUUUGCGUCGACAAUUUAGUGGUGCUUUGCCUUUAGCACAGCAAGAAAAAUUCUCUAAAACAAUGAUUCAGCUACAGAAUGACAAACUGAAGAUCCUGGAGGAAGUUCAGCAUGCUCAGCAGGAGCGUCGAAAUGCAGAAAACAGAGCAUUAGAGAUGGAGUUAAAACUGAAAAGUUUAGAAGAAUUAGUAAGUGCAUUGAAGGACACAAGAGGAGCUCAAAAGGUAAUUGAAUGGCAUAUGAAAAUGGAGGAACUCCAUCUGCAGGAACUUAAACUCAAUCGAGAGUUAAUCAGACAAAAGGAAGAAGUGAAGCAUUUGCAGAAUAUAAUUUCUGAAUAUGAACGUACAAUCAAUAAUCUGGAAGAAGAAAUUGUACAGCAAAACAAGUUGCAUGAAGAAAGGCAAAUGGCUUGGGACCAGAGGGAAGUAGAACUGCAGCGCCAAUUAGACCUGUAUGAUCAUCAACAAAAUGAGGCACGUAGCACAGCUCUGAAGUUAGAAGAGGCUACGGGGUCAGUUCCAGACUCUAGUUUGCCGCUUGCACGACAACUUGAAUUGGCUUUAAGAAAAAUACAGGAGCAUAUUCGAACAAUCGUGGAAACCAGAGCAACCUGCAGAUCUCUGGAGGAGAAAUUAAAAGAAAAGGAAACUGCUCUGUGGAAAGCUGAACAAAAUAUUUUAUCAAGAGAUAAAGUUAUAAAUGAACUAAGACUUCGAUUACCUGCAACAUCAGAAAGAGAGAAAAUAGUGGCUGGAUCAGGCAAACAAGAUGAUCCAGAGUACCGUCUUGCCAUAAAAAUUGCUCAUCAAACCAUUGCAAAUAUGCAAGCAAGAUUAAAUCAAAAGGAGGAAGUGUUAAAAAAAUACCAACAUUGGCUUGCUAAAGCAAGAGAGGAACAAGAGGAAAUAGUAAAGAAGCAUGAGGAAGAUCUUAGAGUUCUACACCAGAAGUUAAAUUUGCAUGCUGACAAUUCCCUUAAUAAAUUCAAACAGACUGCUUUGGAGUUAGCAAAGGCUUCUUUAUCACUUUCCAACAACAAACGCUUUCUCCACUUAGCUGAAGUGGAGCAAACUGUAGCAGAACAGGAUAAUUCUCUUGCUUCACUUGUUGGAAAAUUAAAGAAAACAUCAUUUGAUUUGGAGAAACAAAAACAAAUUACUUCAAUGAAAAUCAAAGAGUUUGAGACUAUCAGAGCCCAGCUUUGUGAAAAGCACACAGCUGAUGUGGAACAACUAAAAGAUGAGGCAAAUGUAUUGAGGAACACGAUAUCUCAGAUGGAGAAGGAAUUUGCAAAUGUAAAAGCUGAACUAGAGGUCCAAAAAGAAGCAAAUAAUAGAGCACCCACAGCAACACUGAAGAAUCUGGUGGAGCAGCUGAAGAGCCAGUUAGUCAUAAAAGAGAAGCAGCAGAAAGCUUUGAGUAAAGCACUUCUGGAACUCAGAGCAGAAAUGACUGCUAAUGCUGAACAGCAGAUUAUUUCUGCUGCAUCACAAAAAGAGGCAUAUAUGAAUGUCCAGGAGAUUGUUGACAGACAGACAAAGGCGCUUAUGACACAGAUAGAAGAAUUAAAUAAUCAGAUUACAAAACUUACAGAUAACCUUAAAACAAGUAAAACCAGGGAAACUUCCUUGUCUGAUGAAAGGGAUGAGUUGAACCAAGAACUUCAGAGGAAACAAAAAGCAUUUGCUAAAAUGUUGAGAGAGAAAAGUGAAUUGGAAGAAGAAAAUGAAGAACUGAAGAAACGGAUUAAGAGGCUAAGCAGUAACAUUCAGAGCAAAGCUGAUGAAAAAAGUCUGAUAGAUGCACUUCAGAAAAAAAUUAAGAGGUUGGAAAGUGAACUUGAUAAGAAGUGUGAAGAAACAGACAAAAAAGGUGUAAGAGAAGACCAGACCUCUAAGGAGGGAAUACUCAAAUGGGAAGAAAGUAAAAAAUGGCAAAUAAGAAUGGAAGGAUUGAGGAACAAGCUAAGGGAAAAGGAAAAAGAAGCAGAUGCUUUAGCUAAACAGUUGAAUACUUUGAAGGAAAUCUAUACCAAGACUGAAAAAGAGAAAAUUACUCUACAGAAGAAACUGAAAACUACUGGUGUCACUGUUGACCAUGUUGUUGGAGUAAGAGCCUCAGAGACUGAAAAAAAAUUGGAAGAACUAAGAAAACAGAAUCUAGAUUUAGAAAACGAAGUUGCUCACAUGAGAACACAGCAAGCAAUCCCACGAGAUCCUGUUGUAGAAGAAUUACAUUUCAAAAAUCAAUACCUCCAGGAAAAGCUUCAUGCAUUGCAGAGACAAUGUUCAAGAGAGGCAUAUUCUAGACCAUCAACAUCAGGAAUGGGAUCAGCUGAUCAAUAUCAAAGAGAACAAGAGGUUUUAAAGGAAAAUUUAAGAUUGUCAUCUGAAAACGUUGAGCUAAGGUUCCAGCUAGAGCAGGCCAAUAAAGAUUUGCCAAGACUAAAGGACCAAGUAGGUGACUUGAAAGAAAUGUGUGAACUUCUCAAAAAAGAGAAAGCAGAUGUUGAACGAAAGCUGGGCAGCAUUAGAGGGGUUGGUAGAAGUGGAAAGACAGUCGCAGAAUUGGAAAAAACAAUUGGUUUGAUGAAAAAGGUUGUAGAGAAAGUCCAAAGAGAAAAUAAGGAUCUGAAAAAAACUCCAGCUGUGGUUUCUAAUGAAAAAUUACUUGGUCUUGAACAGGAAAAUGAGAGGCUAAAGUCUGAAAUGGAAAAGAUGAAACUUCACGUGGGGGACCAGCUGAGUAUGCGUCAUGAAUCUAAAACCAAAGGAAUGGAAAAAGUCAUUACUGAAAACGAGAGGCUGCGUAAAGAACUGAAAAAGGAAGCUGACAAUGGAGAGAAGCUACGAAUAGCAAAGAAUAACUUGGAGAUAUUAAAUGAGAACUUAACAGUACAGCUGGAGGAAACCAUUAAGAGGCUAAAUUUGGCUGAGAGGCAAACUGAUGGAGCUGAUAGCAAAAGCUGGAAGUCCAUUGUAACAAGGAUGCACGAAGCUAAAAUAAAGGAAAUGGAAAUGGAUAUUGCUAGAAAAAACCAAAGCAUUACUGACCUUAAAUGGCUGCUCCAGGAAGCAACAGAACGUGAACAGAAUGCUGAUAAAAACUUACAAGAUCUAAAAGAACAAAUUGAGCUUCUCAAAGAGUUUCCUGAAGGUACAAGGACAGAGCAAAGCCUUUUCAGGGAGCUUCAGCUUUUAAGAUUAACUAAUAACCAAUUAGAGAAAGACAAAGCAGAACUAGCUCACCAGGUGGAGGAUUAUAAGCACCACAUGCACACAUGUACAAGUGAAGUUCCUGCAGCUGGACAUAAUGAUAUUUUAGAGAAGAAUAAAAAAGACAGGUUAAGGGAAGUAGCUGACCUCCAGACACAGCUGAAAGCCUCUGAGUUGGAAAAACAGCAAUUAAGGGAAGAAACAAAAAAGCUGAGAAGAGAACUAGAAAACUGUGGCCCUUCCUUUUUUGAAGAAAUUGAAGAUCUGAAAUAUAACUACAAUGAAGAAGUUAAAAAAAAUAUUAUCUUAGAAGAGAAACUAAAGCAGCUUUCUGAAGAAUUUGGCAUCCAAGGGGCUAGUCCAGGCAACAUUUCUGUUGAUUAA